CCGUGUCUAUUUCGAAACCUGAAAACCGAGACUGAAGAUACAGAACCGCAAACUUCAGGUGAUGCCCACAUGAUCGCCACUGUGCCCACGACACAACAAGAAGGCCAGGACCACCGGAAUGAGAAGUCUUCGCACGAGGUUCAGGACACUGGCGGGCUGUUGCGCUGCGUGGCCUGUGGGGAGUUGAUCCGUGAGCGCUUCUACCUGGAAGCCCUGGAACGUCCAUGGCAUACGGGAUGCCUACGGUGCAGUCGGUGCGCGACACCUCUCGACUCCCACGCCUCGUGCUACGCCCGGGACGACACCAUCUACUGCAGAGAUGACUAUCUCAGGACGUUCCUGCGUUGCUGCGCGUGCGCAGUUGCCUUGGAGCCUCAUGAUCUGGUCAUGCGAGUUCGAGACCUUCUAUUUCACGUUGCCUGCUUCCGCUGCUGGGCCUGCCAGAGUCCGCUGCAAAAGGGAGACGUCUUCGGACUCCGAGACUCCCGCGUCUUCUGCCGCGUGCACUUCCAGACACCUGAGAAGAACUGCAAGCGCAUGCGCACAUCGUUCAAGCACAACCAAUUGCGCGCAAUGCGUGCAUACUUCACCAUGAACCAUAAUCCUGACUCUAAGGAUCUCAAGCAGCUUUCUGCACGGACGGGACUGAGCAAGAGAGUGCUGCAGGUGUGGUUCCAGAACGCCCGAGCAAAAUGGCGUCGCAACCUCCUCCGCCAGCCUAGCACGGGACCUGAAGUAGCCGAAGAUUCGAGUCCUCUUCAAGACCUCGGAGCGUCUAUCAUCCUCGAAGAACAAACCAUCCACACUUACGCCAACCUCCUAUGAGGCGAACGCAUUCCAGCAAUAAUUAGGCGACACCUACUAUACGUCUGUGCUACUUGGAGUUAAAUAAAUAAUUACCGUUUUCCUUUAU